AUGGGAGAAGCUUUCUCGGAAAGAAAGAGGGUAGCAAGGCCUAAAAAGAGGCAACGGCAGGCACCAAAGUAUGUACUUAGGGUGCUUGCUAGACUACCUACCAUUGCUGCCCCCGAUACAUCAUCUGUGGGGCCUUCUUCUACCCCUACAAUACAGCCUCUUACCCCUACAGUAGACCCUACUCCUACCUCUGCAAUAAACCGUUAUAAUACCCCUAUAGUACACCCUUCUCCUACCCCUGCAGCACACCCUUCUACUACCCCUAUAGCAGACCCUCUUCCUCCUCUUAUGAUUAUAACCCCCACUCCUCCCCUUGUGGUUCUUACCCCCACUCCUCUCCCUGACCGUACUUCUAUACCUUCCUCAUCUUGUAUACCGCCUUCUAAGACUGUCACACCAUUUGCUGAUCCAGAUUCAAGAGGUGAUGUUGAAGGUCUUGACCCGCCCCUCCAUGAUCGACCAUGGAUUGAGCCGUAUGGUAAAGAGUAA